GGCCCACGGCUCCCGGCCCCAGUGGCCCAGCAUGCCGCGGGGCCCCGAGGUCCCGGUGCAGGUGUGGGUGGACGGUCAGCUAUUCCAGGCCGAGCAGGGCCUGCUGGUGGAGCACUGCGGCUUCUUCCGCGGCCUCUUCCGCUCCGGCAUGCGGGAGGCGCGCGCUGCCGAGGUGCGUCUAGGGGCGCUGAGCGCCGACGGUUUCCGCACGGCCCUGCAGGUGCUGCGCGGGCAGCGGCCGGCGCUGGCAGCCGAGGACGACCUGCUGCAGGCGGUGGAGUGCGCCGCCUUCCUGCAGGCGCCGGCGCUUGCGCGCUUUUUGGAGCACAGCCUCACGUCCGACAACUGCGCUCUGCUGUGCGACGCGGCCGCCGUCUUCGGCCUGCGCGACGUGUUCCACAGCGCCGCGCUCCUCAUCCGCGACAGCACCUGCGAGCUGGCGGCCGGGCUGGCACUGCCUGAAGCCCGCGCCUACGUGGCCACCCUGCGGCCUAGCUACUACGUGGCGCUGAGCACGCACACGCCCGCGCCCGGCUUCCUGGAGGACAAGUCGCGCACCAUGUGCUACCUGGACGAAGAGGAGGACGCGUGGCGUACGCUGGCCGCGCUGCCCCUGGAGGCCAGCACGAUGCUGGCGGGCGUGGCCACGCUGGGCAACAAGCUGUACAUCGUGGGUGGCGUGCGGGGCGCCAGCAAGGAGGUGGUGGAGCUCGGCUUCUGCUACGACCCUGACCGCGGCACCUGGAACGAAUUCCCCAGCCCUCAUCAGCCGCGUUACGACCUGGCGCUGGCCGGCUUCGAUGGCUGCCUCUAUGCCAUCGGGGGAGAGUUCCAGAGGACACCCGUUAGUUCCGUGGAACGUUAUGAUCCAGCCACCGGCUGCUGGAGCUUUGUAGCCGACCUGCCACAGCCUGCCGCGGGUGUUCCCUGUGCCCAGGCGCGCGGCCGCCUUUUUGUGUGCCUGUGGCGGCCUGCGGACACCACGACCAUCGUGGAGUAUGUGGCACGGACUGACGCAUGGCAACCGGUGGCCCAGCUGCGGCGUCCACAGAGCUACGGCCACUGCAUGGUGGCCCAUCGCGACAGCCUGUACGUGGUGCGCAACGGACCUUCCGACGACUUCCUGCACUGCGCCAUCGACUGUCUCAAUUUGGUCACCGGACAGUGGACAGCACUUCCAGGCCAGUUUGUCAACAGCAAGGGAGCGCUCUUCACAGCUGUGGUGCGCGGUGACACGGUCUACACGGUCAACCGCCUGUCUACGCUGCUCUAUGCCAUCGAAGAAGGCACCUGGCGGCUGCUCAGAGAGAAGAUUGGCUUUCCCCGGCCCGGAUCCCUGCAAACCUUCCUGCUGAGGCUGCCCCCUGGCGCACCUGGACCUGUGGCCUUGCCUUUGCCAGAGCUGUGAUCUCAGAGUGGCUGUAGAGGAGGCACCCAGAAUUGUCCCUGAGCAGAGGCGGAGUGUGAAGCUGGCCCGGGGGACCUCUGAGAACUUCUGACCUAUGGAGACCAUCGGUUCUUGGUCUAGUGAUGCAAACCAAGGUUCUCAGGGAGUACCAAGGAUGCUGGGGUUGGAGUCCUCAGAUCGCUUGGCCCCUGCCAAGAGCUGGUGGGUCACACAGUGUUAGCAGGAGGGGUAGUGGCUUAGGAUUUGAGUAACCCAUGCUUGUACAUGACUGGGCCACUAAUCAAGCAUGGCUGGACAUGGAUUAGGUGAUAGUAACCAAACCGCCGAUCAGUGGGCAAGAACUAGGUGCCUAACCUGUGCCCAGUACAGUACUAGGAGAGGUGUGGUCACUGGCCAGGGGCCACAGAGCUUGAGAUCAACCUCCGGACAGCUCAGUCCCAACCAGACAAUUUUAGGACAAAAGUUUUACACAUAUUUGUCUCCCUCCAUAAAGGAUUGAAAACAACAUGCU